AUGAUUUGCGAAGUGCUAGGUUGUCAGCUCGAGGCAGCUACCUCGAAGAUUCAUACACGGCCAACUUAUGCGUAUGAAAGUCCUCACUUUUCGCAUUACUUUGCACCAUUGGAAGCUGAGGGUGAUCUUGCUGGAUUGAUCGGGGACGUUGCUCACGACGAGAUGCCACAGGAGCGUACUCCGUGGUAG